UUAUCGAGCUUUUUAUUUGUUUGAACGUUUUGCUGGGGCUUCAAAUUUUGGGUUACCAUCGCACUUUGUUUAGCCGUGUGAUAAUUUACCAAUAUUCAUGAUGAUUCUGCACUUUACUCAUACUAUAUAAUACAUUCCGACAGUAUUCUGCCUGACAGUCAACAUUACAGUUAGCUAUAGUUAAGAUCAAGUCGCAAAAAAAUGUGCAAAAACGGCAAGUUUACGGUAAAAACCAAUGAAACCGGCAAGGUAUUCAUUGUAACCGGUUCCAAUACGGGAAUUGGUAAGGAGACAGUCUGGGAGCUGGCACGGCGUGGAGCCACCGUCUAUAUGGCUUGUCGGGACAAAGUCCGGGCGGAAGAGGCACGACGUGAAAUUAUUGAGGAUACCAAGAAUCAAAAUAUCUUUUUCAUUGAGCUUGACUUGUCAUCUUUGGAUUCCGUGCGCAAAUUUGUCGAAGUCUAUAAACAAAAAGAAGAUCGACUGGAUGUUUUGAUUAAUAAUGCUGGCGUAAUGCUCGGACCUCGCAGAUUGACUAAAGAAGGAUUCGAAUGGCAGCUUGGUGUUAAUCAUAUGGGCCCAUUUUUACUAACUAUUCUAUUACUGGAUCUUCUGAAGAAAUCCGCACCCAGUCGUAUUGUGAAUGUCUCCAGCGUAUCGCACAGCUAUGGAGAUCUUAACAUAAAAGAUUUAAAUAGUGAGAAAUCCUACAGUGAGGUCGGUGCCUAUAAUCAGAGCAAGUUGGCGAAUGUGUUAUUUACACGCGAGUUGGCAGCACGCUUGGAAGGAACUGGAGUAACGGUCAAUGCCUUGCAUCCCGGUGUUGUUGAUACCGAUAUUACAAGGAAUAUCAUAUUCUUAAAAAUCAAUUUUGGAAAAGGUGUGAAGUACAUGGCAAAGCCAUUCAUAAAGAGUGCUAAGAGCGGUGCCCAAACUACUUUGUAUGCAGCUCUUCAUCCGGAUCUGGAACGUGUAACUGGCUUAUAUUUUGUCGAUUGCAAGCCGAAGAAUGUAUCCAAGGCUGCCACAAAUGAGGAAACUGCUAAAUUUCUUUGGACAGAGAGUGAAAAGUGGACAGGUGCACCAACUGUUCCAUUAAAUUAACUUGAAUUGAGUUUUGUAGUUGCCGACAAAGUUUUAUUUGUAAUCGAUCACUUCAACAGUAUGUGACGAUCAA